AAAACAGUCAUAUGUUUUGGAGUUUGUUGUGACGAUCGGUUGCAUUGAUGUCUGGCUUUACAUGUGUUUCAUGUGAUUUCAGACAUACCAUCGAUCGGAUCGUAUGAUUACUGUUGAUUAGCCGACCAAUGAGUGCCACAAAAGUGUUGAUCAGUUAUCCGAUGUCUAAUACAGUGAGACUCAAACACCCAAUGGUUAGACGUUUCGCCGUUGAGGUGGAAGUGACGGACGAAGACUCGGAUGAAGACAUUGAAGUGGUUGAGUGCGUCCGCGCAGACACCGAGAAGGCGUCGCCCGACGGACACAAGUUUGGCCUCCAUUUGAAGUCCGGCGCCGAAGAGUUGACUAAUUACACGGUUUUCGUUCAGACCGUCGGCCAAACCGCCAAACGAUAUAUCGAUACCAACAAUGGUUUGGUUCCCAUCAGUGAUAGUGUCACCGGUUUAGACCAAUUGAUCGCUUGUCAGGAUUUGGACCAAAUUGAAGAUGUUUUGCAUACAAACGCCGCUAAAAGCAAUGGUUUGUCGCCAAAACACAAGCAGAAGAAACAGAAAAAGAAAAAAGCGGUAAAAGUGGUCACAACUGAGACCAACAAUAAGACAAUUAGUGUCAAAGGACUCAGAGCUGAAGGCAUACAUCCAAUUGGAUUGAAUGUAUUUAAAUGCAAAGUUUGCGAAAUCACUGUCAAUGGUUUGACCACUGCUUUCAAUCACAGCGCAAGUGAUGAACACUUAAAGACCAAAUACGGCGACGACUUGAAGGGAUUGGACGCACAGUUUACCAUUGAUUCGCCAAAAAUAGGUGACGCCGAAGUGGCGAUCGCUCGGAGACGAGAGCUCAAGAAAAUUUCAUUGUCUGAUAAACAGGAGUAUUGGUCGCACGGAAUCAGACUCAAGGAUGGCUUCGGUGCCGACGCUUUCAUCUGUUCUGCAUGUAAUCUGAAGUUUAAAUCACUGAAAGAAGUGAAGAAACAUGUGAAGAGUGCGGAACCGAUCAAAGAGGAGACACCGGUUGUUGAGUCGGCGAGUGUGCAGUUUGUGGCCAAAAGUGUUGGAUCGCCGCCACAACUGAAUAAAGUGGAUGAGAGGCUCAGGAAUGAGGGCAUCAAAGCGACCGAAACGAGCGCUGAAUUCAAGUUUUAUUGCCUUUUCUGUAAUAUGUAUUUGGAUUGCAAAAAGGUUGGCGUCGCCCACACUAACGAUCCCAGACAUAAAAAGAUGAAAUGCGGCGAUAAUCUCAAUGAAUUAGACGCCAAAUUCACCAUCAAAUCGGACAGAAUUAAUGAAUUCGAGGUGGCGUUCGCCCGAAGACAUUAUUUGCGGACAAUAUCACUAGAUUUAAAGACUUGUUUGACAAAUGCAGGCAUUCGCCUAAAAGACGGGACCGGCUCUCAAGCCUUUUAUUGUGUGAAAUGUGAGCUUUCGGUCGACAAAUACGAGGAAUUGGAAAAUCACAUCAAUUCGGCGUUUCAUUCAAUCGAUAGUUUAAAAUAAUGGACUCUUUGAUGAAAUUUGCGAAAUAUAAAACAAUCUAUUUAUGGAUUUAA